AUGGAGAGAGGUCAGGAAAGAGAUGACAGUGAGGGGGUGGCAGGGCGGGAGCCAGCUGGUGGAGGCCUGAGGCUGAGGAGGAAGAUGGGCCUGUGGAGCUCCAUGUCACUGCUCACUGGCUGCUUGAUCGGCUCCGGCAUCUUCAUGCCGCCACAGAGGGUCUUGAUCUACACAGGCUGGGCAGCUUAUGGCCUCCUGGUCAUGCUGGGCGCUCUGUGCUAUGCUGAACUGGGUGCCUGGUUCCUGAAUCUGGGGGGGGGGGUGUUUACCUACAUCCUGCGAGCCUUUGGCUCCUUGCCAGCCUUCCUGGUCAUCUACUGGCUCGUGCUGGUGGGCCGACCAGCAGCCAUCACUGCCGUCUCUCUCAGCUUUGCGGAAUACGUUGUGGUUCCCUUUUAUCCCGGUUGCUCCUCGCUGCCUCAGGCCAUGGUCAAGGGUGUGGCAGCCGCCUGUAUCCUGCUGCUGAUGCUGGUCAAUUGCUGGAGCUCCCAGCUGGCCACCACACUGAUGAACGUAUGCACGGUCGCCAAAGUGUUGUCCUUGCUGAUUAUCGUGGGGGACGGGGCUGUGGUGCUGGGCCAGAGCCAUGGCCACACAGAAGCCCUCCUGUCUGCCUUCUACAACAUGAUGCUGCAGGUCGGGCACAUUGGCAUGGCCUUCUACCAGGCGCUGUGGUCCUUUGACAGCUGGAAUAGCCUCAGCUAUGUGCUGGAGGAGCUCAAGAGCCCAGAUGUGAAUCCAUGA